AGAUGGAUAAACAGAGGGUGGGAGGGAAGGACGGUAAGACAGAAAAACGGAGAGGUGGUGAAAGUGAGUGAGUGAGAGAUGGGCAGGGGUGUAUAAAGAGACGGAGGGAGUGAUCUAGGAGAGGCAGCCAUAUAGAGGGAGAGGUGACAGAGUGGAUCAUCCUCUAUUCCUUGCCAGCCUCAUCAUGUUCAUCCUGCAGAUGUUGACUGUUCUCUGUCUCACUGCUGUCUUCCUGACAUCUGUGGAAGCUAAAGGUGUGCAGAUGCAGAGGGAUGUCCAGUGUUGCAUGUUGUACUCCCAGGGCAAGGUGCGGACCAAAGAUGUGCUGCGAUUUGAGGUGCAGACCGAGGGGCCUGACUGCAGUAUACAAGCCAUCAUUCUUUACACCAAGAAGGCAGUGAAAUGUGCCGACCCCAGAGAUCGGAAGGUGAAGAGGUUGUUGAGGAAGCUUCUGCUGAGACAGAAACUCAAGUCCCAGAGAACCAUGUGGCUCCUUCCUCGAGACAACCUGCCCGUCAUGUCGGAGGACAAAAAAAGACAACUGGGCGGUUCUCAGUGAGCAGUGAAGGAGUCCACCACAACUGGAGAAAAUCUCGUAGUCUAACGCCAAGUAAGAUCCCAGCAGCUUGUUGAGUUCCCUCGACGACGCUUGCUGAUGAUCCAGUCAUCUCGUGUCUCUCUGUCCGUCUCCUCGGGACCAGAUCUGGGCAGCAAUACAUAUUUAAACAACUUUAGACAAUUAAACACGAACUGUGGGUGGAAGCGUCAGAGGAAUAAUAUUUGUAAGAUAAGCUGGAGUGAUUGUUUUUCCUUAAUGGCUUAUACUGUUAUUUGCCAGAGUCUGCCUGAAAGUCACCGCCUUCUAAAACAUCGUAAACAUGUUUGGCUGAUGUAAAAUCAGUGAAACAGUUGUACUAAAAUCAGCAUCAAUAUUCAUAUAUUAUAUCAACAAGGUAUUCUGUGCAUCUUUGUGACUUGUAGACCUUGAACAUGUAAUACAUCAGUAACGUAGAUGGGUUUUGUCACAUUUAACCCAACUUGCAGAAUAUUGAGUAAAAUGAUUUCAGUAUUAAUGUGCAUUUUGUUUUUUAUCUUUAAGCAUUUCUAUUAAGGGUUGAAGCGAUUUUUAACAGCAUCACACCAGAAUCCAGAUUCUCCUGAUAUUUUCUGUGUGCUCUUUUAAAACGAGGCUCUAUUUCUGCUUUACAUUUGUCUUUUUCACCAACAUUUAACUAUGCCAAAGUUUUCAUGAGCCGACCCAUCACACAGCCAGGCUGUUAAACCGUCGAGGGCUCACUUGUGUGUGAGGUACACAAGAAUUGGAUUGUAGAAGAAUGAACUGUGUCUUUAGUGAAAUAUUUUAUAAAAUAAUCUGAAAAAUU